AUGGCGGAGUACGCAAGCAGCGAUGACGAAGAGCGUUAUCAGUACUACGAUGACGAUGAUGAUGAUGAUGAUGAUGUUGAUGUUGAUGGUGGUGAUGGUGGUGAUGAGAUCGUAAGCCUAAGGUCCCACGGUUGUCGUCCAGCAUUUAAGAUAAUUACAAAAGAGUCUUUAAUGGCUGCUCAGGAGGAGGACUUGAGGAUGGUAAUGGAUGUGCUAUCCUUAAAAGAACACGUUGCUCGAACCUUACUCAUUCACUAUCGUUGGGAUGCUGAGAAGCUGCUUGAGGUACUUGUAGAGGAGGGAAAAGAAAAAUUAUAUGCUGAUGUAGGUGUGACUAUGAUGGAGCAUGGAAAGCACAUCAUGUCACGGUUUUCAUCUGUGGUUAUGUGCAAUAUCUGCAUUGAGGAAGUUUCUGCAAAUGAGAUGACAACCAUGGACUGUGGUCACUUCUUUUGCAAUACCUGUUGGACAGAGCAUUUUAUUGUAAAGAUAAACGAUGGCCAGAGUAGGCGCAUUAGAUGCAUGGCACACCAGUGCAAUGCUAUUUGUGAUGAAGAAAUAGUCAGAAAUCUAGUCAGUGCAAGGGAUCUUAAUCUGGCAGUGAAGUUUGAUCGUUUUCUUUUGGAAUCGUAUAUUGAGGAUAAUAGAAAGAUUAAAUGGUGCCCAAGUGUUCCGCAUUGUGGGAAUGCUAUACGUAUGGAUGAUCCUCAGUUUGAGGUUGAAUGUUCUUGUGGCCUACAAUUCUGUUUUAGUUGUUCGUCUGAAGCACACUCUCCUUGUUCAUGUCAAAUGUGGGAAAUGUGGGCUAAGAAGUGCCAAGAUGAAUCAGAGACUGUUAAUUGGAUCUCAGUCCAUACAAAGCCCUGCCCAAAAUGUCGCAAGCUGGUUGAAAAGAAUGGAGGAUGCAACCUGGUAUACUGUAUCUGUGGACAAACAUUUUGUUGGCUUUGUGGUGGUGCAACUGGCAGCGACCAUACAUGGACGUCUAUAGCCGGACAUAGCUGUGGACGAUUCAAAGACAAUGAAAAGGUUAAAGUUGACCGUGCAAAGAGGGAGACAUACCUAGUGCGUUAUCUUCAUUACUACAACCGUUAUAAAGCUCAUAAAGAUUCUUUUAAACUUGAAAGUAAGCUGAAGGAAACCAUGCAAGCAAAGAUAUCAAAUUUGGAAGAUAAACAAUGUAUCUGUAAAGAUUUUAGUUGGGUAACUAACGGACUUAGCAGACUGUUCAGGUCAAGGCAGAUUAUUUCAUACUCCUACCCAUUUGCAUAUUACAUGUUUGGUGAUCUAAUUGAGAAUGAUUUGACAAAGAAGGAAAAAGAAAUCAAAAAGAACUUAUUUGAGGACCAGCAGCAGCAGCUUGAGGCAAACAUUGAGAAGCUCUCAUUGUACAUAGAGAAGCCUUUUGAUCAAUUCUCGAAUGAUGAAUUUAUGGAGUUAAGAAUGAAGAUCAUCACUCAAUCUGUGGUUGUUGAUAACCUCUGCAGUAAAUUGUAUGAAUGCAUUGAGAAUGAGCUUUUGGGUUCCAUUUCGGGGGAAACUCAUAUUAUUGCUCCGUACAAGUCGAAAGGCGUGGAGAAAGCAUUAGAACUUUCUGUUUGUAGGGACAUGGAGACUUCUAAUACUGAAAGAAAUUCUGGCUAAAAUGGUUUGAACGUUAUUGGCUAGUUCAUCUAACCAUUAUUUUCUGCAACAUCUCAAUCUCAGUUUAACUUUCUUCAUAGUAUAUAUUACUAGGCCUUAAAUUAUUCUGUAAAUAGCCUUUGAUAGGCUCGGAUACUAGACAUUUUGAUUACGUAUCUCUAGUGAAAUAAGAGUUAUAGAUUUAUUUAUUA